UUUUGUGAGGCGGGGUCCUCAAAUCACAGCAUUCGCAACUCGUUUGGUGAGCUGUCCUGAGCAGCUGCUGAAGUUUACAGAAGAACCACUUUCCUUGGUUGUUGAUAAAGUUGUGUAAGUUUAGUAUGAUGCGGUGGAGUAUAGAGGUGCUGAAAGUGUGUGUGUCGUGUCUGUCGCUGUGUGUGUGUGUGAUCAGCGCCUUCUCUCAGUCUCUGGACGGUGACUUCACCUUCAGUCUCCCCGCCGGACGCAGAGAGUGCUUCUUCCAGACCAUGAAGAAAGACGCUUCGCUGGAGAUCGAGUACCAGGUUCUGGAUGGGGCGAGUCUAGAUGUGGACUUCUACUUCCAGUCGCCCAGCGGUCACGUUAUAGCCAACGACUACAGGAAAUCUGAUGGAGUUCAUGCGGUGGAAACAGAAGAGGGAGACUACAUGUUCUGUUUUGAUAAUACGUUCAGUGCGGUUUCUGAGAAAGUCAUCUUCUUUGAGUUGAUUUUGGACAAUAUGGGGGAUGGCGAGGAAUCAGAGGACUGGAAAGCAUAUGUGCAGGGAGCAGACCUUCUGGACAUGAAGCUGGAGGAUAUCAUGGACACCAUCAACAGCGUGAAGUCCCGACUGGGAAAGAGUCUUCAGAUCCAGGCUUUGCUGAGAGCCUUCGAAGCCCGCGACCGCAACCUGCAAGAGAGCAACUACGAUCGUGUCAACCUGUGGUCGUGUACCAACCUCGUGGUGAUGGUGAUCGUAUCCGGGGUCCAGGUGUACUUGCUGCGCAGCCUCUUUGACGACAAGAGGAAAACACGCACAUAGCCUCCCCUCCUGCUACUUGACUGAAAAACACACACACACACCUCUGUCUGUCUCUCUGGCCUUUAAUAUUCAGCUCCAUCCUUCGGUUCCUCCCAUCAAAGUGUCCUUGGGCUGAUAACCGUUGAUGCCUUGCGAUAAAGACAAUCAUUUUCUACUCUACUAAGCUGAUAAAAUGAGAGCUUGAAGUUGAUCUCUGAGCUGCUGCUAUGUGAGCGAUCUAACCAGGAACAUGAUGUUUUCAGUUUUAAAUCUGUAUUAAUAGACUAUCAGAUGACUAAUAGUUCAGCGUUUUUGUAUGAUGUGUAGUUACUGAAAUCUCCCAGGCACUGUUAAUAAUACACUGAUAUGCAGAACGUUUUAUAUUUUUGUAACAAAUUAAGUAUUUUUGAAGGGACACCAUUGUUAAACGUUUAUGAGCCGAAUUAAUGUCUGAUUAAAAUAUUGAAUGCUUUUUCAUACGUUAAUCACACCCAUGUCCGUUCUCUGUUUGCUUUACCCAUCUGUUACUGAUCAUUUUGUGAAGAGAGGAACCCGAUGCACAGAUGCUGUGGCCCUUUCCUUAUGAACAAUUUUUAGUAGUUAAUGGUGCUCGUUUUUUGUCCAGGUCUAUUAAUUUAUGUCAAAAUAUAUUAAAAAUGCAAAUUUGCAGUUCUA